AGUUGUGGGCUUUCCGCACCGGCGAAGCGUCACCUAAACGCAGCAGGCUAGCCUGACAGCUAGCUAGCCGGUUUAGAAACGCGCAAGCGGUGUUUAGUUUCUCUGACAGCUACCAUGGACUUAAACAAUGUGUUGUCGCAGCUCGAAAGUGCUAACGAGGUGGACAUCGAGGAGCUUCUCCGGGAGUUUAAUCGAGAGAACAGCCACACCUUCACUUUCGACCCGAAGGAGGAAACGCUGCGCAGUAAGCUGUGCCAGAGUGUUCUGAUAGUGCUCGGGAUGCACGUGCAGCCCAGCUGUCAGAAAACUUGUCUGGAGACCCUCCGCAUCCUGUCGCGGGACAAGUGCGUCCUGACGCCAGUCGCCACCCGGGACGGCAUGCUGACUCUGGCCAGGAUGGCCCGUUUGGACACAGGGGAGACGGGGGGCGACGGCCAGGAGCCCCCGCAGCCAAGCGCGCCGGCGGCCGAGGAGGAGCGAGUAGUGGUGGUGGAGGCCCUGAAGUGCCUGUGCAACGUGGUGUACAACAGCGCGGCGGCUCAGCAGGUGAGCGUGGACGUGAAACUAGCGCACGGCCUGUGCGCGAGCCUGCAGACGGCCGCCGCGUGGCACCACGAGGUGGGCCUGUUCACGCUGCGCCUCCUCUUCCUGCUGUCGGCGCUGCGCUCGGAUCUGCGGGGGGAGCUGAGGAGGGAAAAGCAAGUGGUGAAGCUCCUGGCCGAGGUGCUGGAGCACACGCUGGACGUGAGGUGGGACGGCACCUACGAGGCCGCCCUGCCGGACCCCCAGGCCCUGCCCCUGCCCGCGGAGGAAAAUGAAAGAGCGAUGGAAGCUCUCAAAGCUCUCUUCAACCUCACUGUGUGCAAUGUCGGUGGCAAGGAGGACGACCAUCAGUACAGAGUGAUCGCCGCUAUCCUGCGCCACGUGCUCAUGUUAAGGACCGAGACAGAAGAGAAAACGGAGGAAGCGCACAGCCAUGCCGUCAAUCUGUUGAACAACCUGCCCGUGUCCUGCUUGGACGUAUUAAUCGACUUGCCCAUACGGGGAGGCCUGGAAGAAUAUGGCGGCAAAAACAUGGAUGCCAUACAGGUCUUGCUGGACUUCAUGGAGAAACGGAUAGACAAGGGCGCCAACUACAAAGAGGGUCUUACGCCUGUGCUCAGUCUGCUAACUGAAGGCUCCAGACACCACAGAGAGAUCCGCAGAUAUAUCAAAGCUCAGGUGCUUCCUCCACUCACAGAUGUGAAGAUCCGGCCGGAGGUGGGAACCACCACAAGGAACAAACUGGUGCGCCUGAUGACCCACGUGGAAAUGGCCGUCAAGCAGGCGGCGGCAGAGUUUCUCUUUGUCUUGUGUAAAGAGAGCGUGGACAACCUGUUGAAGUACACGGGUUACGGGAACGCGGCGGGACUCCUGAUGGCGCGAGGGCUGCUGGGAGGAGGGAGAGGGGAGACUGAGUAUUCACCGGACGAAGACUCUGACACGGAAGAAUACAAAACAGCCAAACCUUUCAUCAACCCCAUCACGGGUCAUGUGGAGGAGCCUAUGCCCAACCCCAUGGAGGAGAUGACGGAGGAGCAGAAGGAGUAUGAAGCCCAGAAGCUCGUCAACAUGUUGGACAAGUUGUCAAGGCAGAGCUUGAUCCGUCCCAUGGGAGUCAAGCCGGACGGGACGUUAGCCCCCCUGGAAGAAACGCUACACGCGCCACCUGGAGACGACGCCGGAUCGGACUCUGAUUAGAGCAUCGUGGCCGUGUGUCGGGAUGGGAGAGGGUGCGCGAGAGAGAACCACUCCCCUCCAAGCUGUGUCACAUUUCAAGGGCUGGAUCUUUCAGAUGACCUCGUGGAAGGUAGAUUCCUCUUUUAGGAGCAUCUUGUGCUGACUCGAUCCUAAAUAUUAUUAUAACCAGUAACAGCCGAGCACAAUACAAUUGCCUACUAGAGUUAAGUGGCUAAGUCACUCAUAACAAAUUAUUAUUUUUUUCGUAAUGGUAGCAAAAUAGUGGACGUUUGCCACGACAAUUACGACAUUUUUAUCUUGGUGAACUGUCACUUCCGAACUGGCUACGGUUCUGUUUCAGAUCUCAAUCAGAGGCCCAGUUCGGUGUUGACCACGCACAUACACACACGAGGGUCUGCCAGGGUCAAUAUUGUUAAAUAUUUACAACUGCAGGGCCCAACAGAAGGGGGGGGGGGGGGGGAAACCCCUCUUCGUACAGCCCGCACCACAGGAUAAUCACUCGGGGAUAAUCUUUCAGAGACGUUUUGAGAUUUUGGCCGAUUUUGAGCACAAGGCAGGAAACAUGCUCAAGUUUGGCUCGCUUGUCAGUAUACAUGUAGAGUUCAGACGCAAAAGCAGAUGUAUCCAUUUUUUGUUGUUUCUGAAGAUUCUCUACAGGAACAACAAAAAUGGAUAUCUGCUUUUGCGUCGGAACUCUUCAGAUGUACCCACAUUUAUCAAGCUCUACCCACAGCAACUAAGGCUCAAUUCUCAAAACGAGGUUUGGGUGAAAUUUCACUAGCCAAAAACACCUUUUCAGAUGAAAUAAUUAAUCUUUAGACAUGGGCAAAUGUCAUUUAGCAGCUCUUGCGUGACCCUUGUGAGGAUAAGCAGUUUAGAUUAUUGAUGGAUAAAGGUUCUCCUGAAUUUUACGUUCAUCCUGAGAUUUCAGCCAAAAAUCCCGAACUUUCAGUAAAUUGUAUUUUGGGAUUGCUCCUGAUCUACUGUGAGCUUUGAAAUGUUAUAAGGCUUCUCAACAUCAAUGUGGUUCAAAUACAACAAAACCGCUGUGACGGUCUGAGCGCUCCCCCGUGCUGAAAAGUCCCCUUGGGAUUAAUGAGCAUGCGCGCAGAAUUUUUUGGGGACUUCCGUGCCAGUCUGAAA